AUGGCACAAGUGGAGCUGGACAGAGUGUCUGAGCAUGCUACACCACUCACAAUAACGCCACGACUCGCUCUCGAGCUCCGCCUGCGCUUCCUCGAGUCGCUCGUCUCCCCCUCCUCGUCCUCAUCUCCUCGACCCGCUUCUUCGACAGUGCCGCUCGCCAGGCGUGUGUCGCAGGUCGCAACGCAGCUGGGACAGGCUCUCGAGCAGUCGGGUGGAGGAACAGAGGCGCUCAAGCGGUUUGUGCAGAACUACGAUGCCAACUCGCCUCUCUUGACUAUCGCACCCGUGCCAGCGGCGCCCGACUCGACCGAAGUCCUCCCGCAGGCGAAGGUCGCCCUUAUCCUCGAGGCGGAGCAGGAGAUCCGGACGCUCGAGCGGGAACUGAGGGAGAUUGGUGUCCUGGACGAGCGAGGGGUCGUCGAGGCGGGCAAGCUGGGAGAACACGAGAAGCUCAAGCUUUUGCUUGCCGAGACUCGCAAGGCUGCUGCACCCGUCUCCGCUUCAUACGCUUCGCUCGAGCAACGUACGACGACACUGCUGCAGCGCUAUAACGACUACAUCUCGACGCUCUCCGAGCUCUUCGUCUCGUGGAACGACAUCAUGUCUGAGAUGGAGGACUCGGUCACCAAGCUGGAGAAGGAGAAGCACCGGCAGCUCGACUACACCUAA